CUCAGUGACUUCAGGAACAGUUCGACGCUCAAAUUAGAAUUGUUUCCGGUUAAAUUGGGGUCAAACAGAGGGGAUUGUACAUUACAAGACAUCACAAUGCUUAUACGAAGGGUGUUACAAUGUGGAGCUACAGCUUUAAAGCCAUGCAGGACCAUUCACCACAGUGCUCAAUGGAGGAGUCCUCUCAUACCUAUUGUUGUGGAGCAGACGGGUCGAGGAGAGCGGGCGUAUGACAUCUACUCUCGUCUUCUGAGGGAGAGGAUCAUUUGUGUAAUGGGGCCGAUUGAUGAUUCUGUGGCCAGUCUGGUUAUUGCUCAACUACUCUUUCUGCAGUCAGAGAGCAACAACAAACCCAUCCACAUGUACAUCAACAGUCCUGGCGGUGUUGUGACGGCAGGCCUAGCCAUCUACGACACCAUGCAGUACAUCCUCAACCCAAUCUCCACGUGGUGUGUGGGCCAGGCGGCCAGCAUGGGCAGUCUUCUCCUGGCUUCGGGCACGGCCGGCAUGAGGCACUCCCUGCCCAACGCUCGCAUCAUGGUGCACCAGCCCUCUGGAGGAGCCAGGGGUCAGGCUACAGACAUCGCCAUUCAGGCUGAGGAGAUCAUGAAACUAAAGAAACAGAUCAAUCAACUCUACGCUAAACACACUGGCCAGCUGUUGACACAUAUAGAGGGUGUGAUUGAGAGAGAUUGUUACAUGAGCCCCAUUGAGGCACAGGACUUUGGGAUCAUCGACCGAGUGUUGGUGCAUCCUCCCCAGGCGGGCCAGGACGACCCAGAGCUGGUCCAGAAGGAGCCCCCUACCGCCAUCUGCCCCUCGCCAGCCUCCCAAACCUCUGCCACCGAGCAGAGCCCCCCCGGGACCAUCCCCCCCUCCUCAUACAAACCCGAACCCUGACCUCAGACUACCGGGAAGCAGUCCCACACCCAAUCACAAGCCAUCCUCUAUCUUCUACCCACCUAUAGGCACUUCUGUAGAUCGGAUUGGACAGGUGCAAGCAAUAUGCUGAUGUCCUGUAAAUUCAAAUGUAUUGGAGUGGAUACUAAUAUGCGAGAAGUUGCAGCGUAGCCUACCAGAGGGCAAAGUGGAGCUAUUACUAUAUUGCUUAUACCUGUCCAAUCCUUUGAUCUACACAAGUGCUCUGGGUGGAUAGGGGCCGGUUUGGAACAGAGGACCUGCAUUGAAUACCUCUGUGCUGGAGAAACCUCUGGGAGAGGAGGCAAAAUGCAGCAGUAUUAGAAUAUUUACAUUUAAGAAUGAUCAAUUUUGACCAGUCCCCCAUAAUAUGCACACUGUAUUUACCACAAACAAAGACUGCAGAUCUCUACAGUGAAGGAAACAAUAUAGCCCCCAUUUGUACAAGCCAUGACACAAUUAUGAUGUUGAUUUUCAUGAACUGGAAUAAAAUACAUUUUCUUUGAGUCACACACCCAAUCUGGGCCUGUACAGCAUCUAACAGUAGGAGUGUUGAUCUAGGAUCAGUUCCUCCUGUCCAUGCAAUCUUAUUCAUUAUGACAGACAAGGCGAAACUGAUUCUAGAUCAGCACUCCUACUCUUAAUGCUUUAUGAAUACAGGCUCUGAUGUAAAAACUGAUUAUAAUUGUAUCAACGCUUGAUUCAAGUCUAACAAGUAAAGUGUUUUGAUUGCCUCAGUGAUAAGAUCAACUGAGCCGUUUUCCUUUGCAAUAUACAGAAGUCGGAAGUUUACAUAGACCAUAGCCAAAUACAUUUAAAAACUCAGUUUCACAAUUCCUGGCAUUUAAUCCUUGUAAAAAUUCCCUGUUUUAGGUCAGUUAGCAUCACCACUUUAUUUUAAGAAUGUGAAAUAUCAGAAUAAUAGUGGAGUGAUAUUUCAGCUUUUAUUUCUUUCAUUACAUUCCCAGUGGGUCAGAAGUUUACAUACACUCAAUUAGUAUUUGGUAGUAUUGCCUUUAAAUUGUUUAACUUGGGUCAAACAUUUAGGGUAGCCUUCUACAAGCUUCCCACAAUAAGUUGGGUGAAUUUUGGCCCAUUCCUCCUGACAGCUGGUGUAACUGAGUCAGGUUUGUAGGCCUCCUUGCUCGCACACGCUUCUUCAGUUCUGCCCACACAUUUUCUAUAGGAUUGAUGUCAGGGCUUUGUGAUGGCCACUCCAAUACCUUGACUUUGUUGUCCUUAAGCCAUUUUGCCACAACUUUAGAAGUAUGCUUGGGGUCAUUGUCCAUUUGGAAGACACAUUUGCGACCAAGCCUUAACUUCCUGACUGAUGUCUUGCGAUGUAGCUUCAAUAUAUCCACAUACUUUCCCUUCCUCAUGAUGCCAUCAAUUUUGUGAAGUCCCUCCUGCAGCAAAGCACCCACACAACAUGAUGCUGAAACCCCCAUGCUUCACGGUUGGGAUGGUGUUCUUCAGCUUGCAAGCUUCCACCUUUUUCCUCCAAACAUAACGAUGGUCAUUAUGGCCAAACAGUUCUAUUUUUGUUUCAUUAGGCCCGAGGACAUUUCUCCAAAAAGUACGAUCUUUGUCCCCAUGUGCAGUUGCAAACCGUAAUCUGGCUUUUUUUAAUGGUGGUUUUGGAGCAGUGGCUUCUUUCUUUCUGAGCAGCCUUUCGGGUUAUGUGGAUAUACUUUUAUACUGGUUUGCUCCAGCAUCUUCACAAGGUCCUUUGCGGUUGUUCUGGGAUUGAUUUUCACUUUUCGCACCAAAGUAUGUUCAUCUCUAGGAGACAGAACGCGUCUCCUUCCUGAGCGGUAUGACAGCUGCGUGGUCCCAUGCUGUUUAUACUUGCGUAUUAUUGUUUGUACAGAUGAACGUGGUACCUUCAGCCAUUUGGAAAUUGCUCCCAAGGAUGAACCAGACUUGUGGAAGUCUACAAUUGUUUGAGGUCUUGGCUGAUUUAUUUUGAUUUUCCCAUGCUGUCAAACAAAGAGGCACUGAGUUUGAAGGUAUGCCUUAAAAUACAUCCACAGGUACAUCUCCAAUUGACUCAAAAUUGUCAAUUAGCCUAUCAGAAGCUUCUAAAGCCAUGACAUUUUCUGGAAUUUUCCAAGCUGUUCAAAGGCACAGUCAACUUAGUGUAUGUAAACCUCUGACCCACUGGAAUUGUGAUACAAAUUAUUUCACUUAUAAUUUACUGUAUACAACUUUUUGGAAAAAUGACUUUUUGGAAAAAUGACUUUUUGGAAAAAUGACUUGUCAUCCACAAAGUAGAUGUCCUAACUGACUUGCCAAAACUAUAGUUUGUUAACAAGGAAUUUGUGGAGUGGUUGAAAAACAAGUUUUAAUGACUCCAACCUAUGUGUGUAAACUUCUGACUUCAACUGUACAUGCGACUUGUAAGCCUAGAGUGCCUCGCUCUGUCAGUUCAGAUUCUAUGAUGUGACUUGGGGGAUUUUGGAGAUAAAGCCUGUCUUGUAAGAGUU